UCUCCGAUUGACCUCACCAUCAUGGCCUCCCCACAAAGCGUUUACCGUGCGGUCGUCCGGGAGCUCAACAGAGCCGCAUCAAUAUCAGCGCCGGCCACGAGGUCAAAGACAAUAGCGGAAAACUUCCGUGCUAUCAUUGAGAGCGGCAGCCAAAACGAUGCCCAGCGCUUUGACCAUGAUCUAGCGAACGCUGUGACGUUCAUGCGGUCUCAAAGGAUGUAUAAGAUACUGCUGGAGCGUUACAACCCGUUGCACGACAUGUCGACUGAGGAGCGAGUCAAAGCUACUGCGCGUCGCGUCGGCCUUGACAUGCCCGUCCGAGAGAAUGGUGACACAGACCAGUAGAACGGGCUAGCAGAUCUUGGACACGGAAGGAUUCGCUUCGGUGUAGAUGUCCUUGAAGUAGAAAUGCUUGGCAGCCGUGCAAUCGUGCUCAGGUGGUCGAGUAAUGCUACGGCGGAUGCUGAAGGGGCUCGUUGCCUGCAGCAUACACUGUCACUUCAGCCAUGGAGUA